AUGGGCCAGCCACCGGCGCCACUUGAUCCUCUGCAGACAUUCACUGAACUUGCAAACACGACAUGGAUCACGGCCGUUGCAGACUCGUUCUGGGUGGGCGCCGGGGUCAGAGGAUCUACAUUCAAUAUGCUCGAUGCGAAGAUCGCAACCGUCUUCAAAAUCCAAAACUGGGCUCUCUCACAUAUUGGAGUCUUUGCCGACUGUAGAGCGAAGAUGCCUCAGAGUGGUGCCACGAAGCUCUUCGCUUCCGUCGAGCUCGGUAUCACUGCGGUAUUUGACCUGGUCAAUGGAUCUAUGCGAGUUUCUGGAUCUCUUUCACCAACAUCAUAUGUGAUAGACUCCUCGUGUCAUCUCACUGGAGGAUUUGCCGCCGGCACUUGGUUUGAUCCCUCGCCCUAUGCUGGGGACUGGGUGUUCGCCCUGGGUGGGUACCAUCACAAGUAUACGCCGCCAGCGUAUUAUCCUCGGGAGAUCCCACAGAUUGGCAUCUCUUGGCAGGUUUCGGAUCGAGUAUUCGUCAAGGCUGGUGCAUAUUUUGCCAUUACGCCAAAGGCUUGUAUGAGGGGAGCUCGAUGCUCGCGACGUGUGAUGUCGGGCCCUGAUCGACUUCCUCAUGAACUUGGACCCUUUCCGUUAUGUCCUGGAGGUUUUGAUCGACAUCAGUGUCUCGUGGAGCGGCCAUAUACCUUUUGUCUGGUGUACGGCAUGUUCGCCAUCAACGUCCCCAUAAAGAACGCGACUGUGACGUUCGGCGGCAGUAAUGGACAGGACACCCCUGGCAAGGUCAGUCUCGAUAUGUUCCGCGGUAUGCUUCAGCAAAAUGGACAAGGCGCCAAGGAGGAAUUGAAGAUAUCGUGCGGAUCAGGUCUAUCCUCAAUGGACGACACCACGGGUGACUGGACUGCGAGAGCCGGGUCCUUUGCAUUUGACGUGCGAUCAAAUAUGGCUACCACACAGCCUUACUUGAAUGGCACCGCUGUCGGGGCUGCUAACAACGUCUAUGCAAAGCCCAUGCAAUUGACAGAGAGUAGCAACGGACUGAAGGCCGAUCUCAUAAUCACCGUCACGGGCGCAAGCAGUGAUGAUCAAUAUCGACCAGAUGUGAUAUCCGGAAACCUUCCUGCGGCAUUGUAG